AAAUAAAAUAAAAAAGGUCGGCAUCGUCGUCGCUAUAUCCUGUCAUCAUCUAGGGUUCUGCUGCUUCUUCUUCUCCGAUAUGUAUUGAUUCUCUCAGUAGGAGAAGCUCGCUCGCUAGGAUUAGGGAAUCGUGAUUGACAAUCUUAGUUCGCCCUCGUUCUGUAGUUAAAAGGAAUCAGUUAGGGUUUUGUAGACUUGAUUGGGGAUUCGAUUAUGGAUACUAAUCAAGCUCCUGGAACCGACGAUCUUAAUAAAGUUGCAGAUAAUCCUUCAGGUGAUUCAAUGUUUGAUGCAUCUCAGUAUGCGUUUUUUGGGAACGAUGUUGUGGAGGAGGUUGAGCUUGGUGGAUUGGAAGAGGAAGAUGAGAUUCUGUCUCUCAAUGGGAUAGGGGAAGGCUUUUCAUUUGGCAAGGAAGAGGUUGAAGAUUCUAGACCUCUGUCGGACGUUGAUGAUCUUGCUACUACUUUCUCAAAGUUGAAUAGGGAUCCUGAGGUCAAUAGAAACACGGGACCAGUCAUUGAUAGGCGACCGAGACAGAAUUCUUUAGCACCUGACUGGACUUAUAGGGCGGAGAUACCAGAUUGGUAUGGCCAGCAGUUACUGGACUCUGAUGCCAUUAAAGAUGACAAGGCUUGGUCGGGACAACCUUUCUCUGCUCUGGACCCUAAAAGAACAACACAACAUCCCGAACCACAACGUCAGCUGCAUCAAAACCACAAUCAACAACAGUUUCCCAGUGAUCCUAUUCUUGUCCCGAAGUCAUCUUUUGUUUCAUACCCUCCUCCAAGCAGCAUAUCACCAGAACAGCGUUUAGGACACCCAAAUGUUGUACCAUAUCAUUCUGGUGGGGCUCAAAUGGGAUCGCCAAACUUUUCUCAGUUCUCAACUGUGCAGCCUCAGUUGGCUGGCAUGCAUCAGUUUCGUCCAGAUCUUCCCCUGAAUAACCGCCCUCCGGCUCAAUGGAUGAAUAACGCGUUGCUACAACAGCCGUCUCAUCAAAACGGUUUGAUGCCCCCUCAGUUGCAGGGAUCUCAGAAUAGGUUACAACAUCCAAUGCAGCCUCAGUUAUUUAAUCCUCAUCUUUCUCGAUCAUCAUCCUCUGGAAGUUAUGAUGGAAUGCUUGGGUUUGUUGAUCCGAGGGAAGCAAGACCAGGGUCGGCUCAAGGCAACAGACAGAACAUGCGUUUUCAUCAACAAGGCUUUGAUGGUGGCGUUCAGAGGAGAAAUAGCGGAUGGCCUCCAUACCGGUCCAAAUAUAUGUCAGCAGGCGAGUUAGAGAAUAUAUUGAGAGCGCAGCUUGCUGCCACACACAGCAAUGAUCCUUACGUUGAUGACUACUACCAUCAAGCAUGCCUUGCGAAGAAUUCUGCAGGUGGGAAACUGAGACAUCAUUUCUGUCCAAAUCAUUUGAGGGACCUGCUCCAUCCACGUGCACGGACAAACAACGAGCCCCAUGCGUUUCUUCAGGUUGAUGCUCUUGGUAGAGUUCCUUUCUCUUCGAUCCGCAGGCCUCGGCCCCUUCUUGAAAUGGACCCUCCAAACUCAGCUAAAUCUGGUGAUUCGGAUAACAAAGCUACCGAUAAGCCCCUUGAUGAAGAACCUAUGCUUGCAGCUAGAGUGUGCAUUGAGGACGGUCUUAACCUCCUCCUCGAUGUCGAUGACAUUGAUCGUUUCCUACAGUUUAGCCAGCUCCACGACGGAGGAAACCAGUUGAAACAAAAACGGCACGCUUUGCUGGAAAGCCUCGCCGUUUCGCUGCAGCUCUUUGAUCCCCUAGCCAAGAAUGGGCAAAGCAGGUCCCAGGAUGAUUUCAUCUUCCAAAGGAUCAUCUCUCUUCCAAAGGGUCGGAAGCUACUCGUAAGGUAUCUUCAGCUUAUCUUCCCUGGCAGCGACCUAAUGAGGAUAGUCUGCAUGGGCAUUUUCCGUCACUUGAGAUCACUCUUUGGAACCAUCUCACCCGAUCCUGAUAUCGCCAAAACCACAAACAAGCUCGCAAACGUUGUGAACUCGUGCAUCCACAAGAUGGAGUUGGGACCCAUAAGCGCGUGCCUAGCAGCGGUCUCCUGCUCUUCCGAGCAGCCACCGCUCCGUCCUUUAGGCACUCCUGUUGGAGACGGAGCUUCCACGGUGCUGAAAUCUACGCUCGACAGGGCUUCAGAGCUUCUCCGGGGUAAUAACUUCAACACCGCGGGCAUGGCUCUGUGGCGUGCUUCCUUCAACGAGUUCUACAACCUUCUGAUGAGGUAUUGCAUCAGCAAAUACGACGGUAUCAUGCAGAGUUUGAAUUCGCAGUUGCCUCCAGAGUUUGCGGGUGAGAUAUCUGACGCAGCUGCGCAAGCCAUUGUCCGCGAAAUGCCUAUUGAGCUUCUGCGUUCGAGUUUCCCACAUAUUGAUGAGCAGCAGAAGAGGUUACUGAUGGAGUUUUUGAAACGAUCUAUGCUCGGAAGCCAGAAAACAGAGCAGCCAGUCCUAAGCUGAUAGUAUCCAGAUUCAAGCAGUAUAGAAUCAAGACACCAUAUCUCGCGCGUGUCUGUAUAUGAAGCAUAAGAUCAUGCAGAUAACGUUACAAGAAAGGUUAGAGAGAAUCAGUUCAAACAGUUUUUAUUUUUUGCAGCAGAGAAAGAGGAGUUAUAUGUGAAGUUUGGUCUCUGUACAGAGAAACUAAGUCUUUUAGCUUUUGCAGAACUUUGUAGCCAAGUCAUUGUGUGUCUUCUGUCUUCCCGUCUAGGUCAUCUCAUUGUGGUUUUCUUGUUUUCUCAUUUUUUUCUCAUUUUUGCAACCUUUUUCAUGUUUUUGAUAAAUUCUCUUUCUUUUUUCUUUAUUAUAUGUUUUAAUAAAUAAAACAUUUGGGGUUA